GUAAACGCUGGUUACAGCCUUCGCGAGGAGACUAUUUCGCAAUGCAACGCUUUUAAUAAUCUUUACGCAAUCUUCACGCAAUCAUCUUUGCAUCCGUUGAAGUGCGCAUUUGUUUUAAACUUCAAUCUUCCCUCCGACACACUUGGACAGCAUCAUGACCAGUUUGUGGGAUCGCAUCCCGUUGGAAUGGUGGGAAUUACGCGGCGAGCUGCCGGAGAGCAUGUAAACGCAAAUGGAGUUUGGGAUUUAUUGCAAAAUAUGGGAAAGAUGACCGUCUUGUCUUUGUGUUUUCUCUUGUGCGCUGAUCUACUGCAAGUAGCUGUUGGAUAUCUAACUGUAACGAUAGAGCCAUUGCUACCUGUUGUUGUGGGAGAAGCGGUGACUCUAAAGUGCAACUUCAAGACAGAUGGAAGAUUACGAGAGAUCGUAUGGUACAGGGUUACUGACGGGGGCACCAUUAAGCAGAGGAUUUUUACGUACGAUGCUAUGUUCAAUACAAAUUACUCUCAUAUGGAGGAUUACCGCAGACGGGAAGACCUGGUGUAUCAGUCGACGGUCCGGCUCCCAGAGGUGCGGAUCUCAGACAAUGGCCCUUAUGAAUGCCAUGUAGGAAUCUAUGACCGAGCGACACGAGAGAAGGUCGUCCUGGCAUCAGGGAACGUCCUGCUUACGGUCAUGUCUCCACCAAACAAUAUCUCAGUGCUGGCAGAAAACACUCCAGCGCCGUUUAGUCGAUAUCAGGCCCAAAACCUCACUCUGAUCUGCACUGCCAAAGGAGGAAAACCAGCUCCAUCGGUGUACUUCAAGCGGGAUGGAGAAUUAAUAGAAGUGAUCUCCUACGUUUCACCCACCGUGGGAUAUGAAGGUGCCGGCUCAGCUGGAGUGCGAGGAGCAAGACCUCUGAUCAGCAGAGAUCUGGACGACACUAAGCUGAGGAAGUCUCUAUCUCUGUUAGGUCCGGAGGGCAGGCCCGGACGCCUCAACACGGAGAGCCCGGGACGGAGCUAUAUGGCCAGACAACCCGGCCAAGAGCCCAGUCCAGCCACGGAGACCAUCCCAGAGACAGUGGUCAGCCGUGAGUUUCCACGCUGGGUACAGAGCACAGACCCCCUGUACUUCUUCAGCAACAUACACAUCCCUCAGAGCGAUGGGACAGUGCUGGUCCAGGCCAAGCUCACCUGGACGCUGAAUCCACAGUUGGACAAUGAUGCCCUGUUUAGCUGCGAGGUCACGCACCCUGCGCUCUCUAUGCCUAUGCAGACUGAGGUCAUACUGGCGGCUCCAAAAGGCCCCAAGCUUGUGAUAAGCCCUACCAGGGCAAAGGUAGGGGAUACGGUUCGUAUCACCGUCCAAGGUUUCCAGGUAGGAUCUCCUGGGAACGAUGUGUUUCCUGAGCCUUUGUACACCUGGACGCGGGUGGGUGGCAGACUGCUGGACGGCAGUGCAGAGAAGGAUGGGAAGGAGCUGAUACUGGAGCGAGUGCCUGCUGAACUCAACGGCUCCAUGUACCGCUGCACGGCCCAAAAUCCACUGGGCUCCACUGACACACACACACGCCUCAUUGUUUUUGAAAACCCGAGUAUGAUGAAAAACACACAGAAUCCAAACAAUGGAGCUUUUGGUUUGCACAAGCUUGGACUGAUAUGCCUGCCACUUAUUCUCACAGUGACUGUUGAGCUGACGUGAAUAUCCUCGAUUGAACCACACACAAACACACUUCCUCUCCAAUCAGACACACACACAGACACACACAAGCCUUUCCAGACCGUUACUAAACCUACCUUGCUAUCAUCUGUGGGACAUCCUGAACACCUCCCAACCCCCCAACAGGGAGCGCACCGCCCUUUUUUGUGAACAAAAAAAAAGAUCCGCUGAUUAAAAAAAAUAAUAGUAAUAAUAAUAAUAUGAAAAUAACAUGCUGAAUAUGAGAACAAGCACCUCCUUAUUGUCAACCCCUUUCAACAGACAGUAUUGUUUUGUUUUUUAAUCAUUAAACUUGCCUGCCAAUUAAAGGAGACCUGUUUAUUCAGAAAAGCAAACAGUGUUUGGGCAUCGAGCUGGACUAAAACGUCGAGCGCUGGGUAUUGGAGAACAGACUUUAAGGAACUGUGGCUCGCUGACAAUGCAGACUUUCGUUUCAACUCCGACUAGCUAUCCUGGAAUUCCCUUAUACCGCACACUGGCACAACAGGACUCAAAUGCGCCCCUUUUUUAAAGAACAUGUUUUACGCCAUUUGUGUUUUUUGAUCA